AAGAUACUUUCAAGAAAAUGAUGUGUGAAAAUUCCAUUACUCAGUGAAAAAUAUGAUUUUAAUUCAAUAAUGCUUUAUUCGACGAAUAAGUUUGCACGUGACCGAUCUAAGAACACCAUAACUCCUUUGAAAACCGAAGAUAUUGAAAUCACCAAAAUUGGCAGAUACGAACAAUUGAGUGCUAUCGACAUCAAUGGUGCAAAUCGGCUCUACAAUUGUUCUGAAUGUAGACAGUUGAUUGAGAGUGAUAGUGGAGUAUUUAAUGUAGUCAAGGAUCUAAAUUCUUCUACAAGUAUAACAAAACACUGUGAAUGGAGAAUGGUGGGGGCGCCUGGUGAACGAGUUAUUUUCCAUAUUUCAUCUUGGAGUGUUCCUGAUACUGUGGGCUGUCGGACUAAUUAUUUGCGAGUCAAAGAUGACUUUAUAACACCUGGGUGGAAUAUAAUAGUGGAUGUAUGUGGAGAAGGCGGUUUGGAAGAGGUAGCUUCUGAAGCUAGCCAAUUGCUCAUUACGUACCACACGAACACUUUGAACAGUAAAUACUUUGGUUUCACUGGAAACUUUAGAAAAGUUUGCAGAGGUGAUAUAGAUAUCGUAGAUGAGGAAAAGGAAUAUUAUUUAGAAUUUCCAGGCUUUCCGUAUCAGUAUACAGCUAACAAAUAUUGCGUUUGGUAUCCGAACGCAUCACCUAAUAGAAAAAUUAUUUUAAAAUUUGAUUAUUUUCAACUUGAGGCAUCUGAAAACUGUAAGAAUGAUUACAUCGAGAUUCGAAAAGGCAAUUAUUAUUAUUCACCGCUUAUUGGGAAAUAUUGCAUUAAUACCAGCCUAGAAGAGAUUUGGUAUAGAAGAAAUACUUUAUAAGUCAAAUUUCGUAGCAAUAACCAAACUCAAGAUAAUGGAUUCUCUGCAAUUGCAACUUUACGCAAAUUAUAUGAUUGAAAUUUAAGCUCUCCAAACGAUCCCUUCAAAACCUUCAUUCACAAACGUUUUAUCAAUUUUAGUCCAUUAAACUUCCAAAUCAAUCAGUAUAAGUUAAAAAUAACAUCU